GACGUCAUUAUGAUCUUCGCGGCCUUCGUGACGUCAACGCAAACACCGUUCUCUCCAUCUCGGUCUCCUGAUAUUAUUAUUACUAUGUAACAAAUAAUCUCGCAUUACUAUCAUAGUUUUAGUCAUCACAGCUGUGUGAGUCACAGUUUAAUUCUGUGGUCACAGGCUCCCGUUACGAAUGUUUCUCAUAUCUUUCGUUCGCGGCACUAAACUCUAGUUGUUUGUCGAUCCGUUUACGUGGUCUCAGUGCCAGAUCCGAAGCUGUACUAGAGACGUUGUUCUAGCAACGCAUGAACCGCUGUUCAUUAUGAACAAUUAUUCGACGAACCAACAUCAGUACUUGAACCCGAACGUUCCGUUUUGUGGCCCCAUACAGAAUGGCCUCAUGCCGGGCUCGGUGAUCUCCAUCCGUGGCAGGACCAAUUCGUCGUCUCAGAGGGUAUGCGUGAAUUUACAGUUAGGCCCUAGUGUGGCACCCCGAGAUCCCGUCGCCUUGCACGUAGCCCUGGACUACAACCGCAAUCUGAUCAUCAGGAACAGCAUUCAAGGGCAAAACUGGGGCGUCGAAGAAUCUCAUGGUCCGCCAGUAUCACUGGUACGAGGUGAUUGUUUCAAACUGGACAUACUGUGUGACAUGAACGAGUACAAAAUCGCAUUUGCAGAUGUCCAUUAUACUGAAAUGAAGCACAGAAUGCCUUUUCAAAGUGUUAAAUAUAUAUCAAUUGAUGGAGAUGCUAUAAUAUAUGUUAUAGAAAUUUUAGACCCAAAGACUAAUACUACAACGCCGAUUGGUUUGCCUGGACUAAUGCCUAUGCCAAGGCCAUCGCCUAUGCCUGGACAAAUGCCCAUGCCAGGGCAGUUGCCUAUGUGUGGACAAAUGCCCAUGCCAGGGCAGUCGCCUAUGCCUGGAAGCCAUAUACCUAACUAUACGCAUUCAGCUGGAAAUACACCUAUGCCUGGAAUUCCUCCUGGUUAUGUUCCACCUUAUACUACAAAUAGUGCUUAUCCUGGCCAAACUCACAAUUCACCUUAUUUACCGAAACAUACUAGUUCACCAAUUAAAAAUGCUCUUAAUCAAGGAUUGGCUAACUAUGCUAUGACUGGACAUAUUAGCCCUCGUAAAGCUGCAAAAGCUCAAAGAAAGCAAGCCAAAAAAGCUUUAAAAUAUGGUGUUCCUAUUGCCGGAGUUGCAGGAGUUGGUGUUGGAGCCUACGCUAUGCACAAAGCACAUAAGCAUAAAGGAUAUAAACACAAGAAAGGAUCCAAAUCUUCAAGCAGUAGUAGCAGCAGCAGCAGCAGCAGCAGCAGUAGUAGUGAUUAAAUGAAAAUGAAAUUGAAAAUGUCAUUCACGUGUAACUAAUUUACUGGGUACUGAUUUUAACUUUAAAACUUAAUUAUGUAUUUGCCUAACACUUAUA